GGUGUUGUGGAAGGGGAGACGAGGUGCGUGAUGGAAGGGGUGAGGUGCCCGGAGCACGGGACUCUGUGCUUUCUGAAGACCGGCGUCCGCGACGGCCCUAAUAAAGGAAAGAGCUUCUACGUGUGCCGGACGGACUCGUGCGGUUUCGUGCAGCCGACAGACGUCCAGGUCUCCCACUGCCUAUUGCAUGAGGACUUCGUGGUGGAGCUGCAGGGUUUGUUGUCAUCAAAAGACAAGAAAGAGUACAGGUUGUUCUUCCGAUGCACCAGGAGUAAAGCUGAGGGGAAGCACUGGUGUGGAAGUGUUCCAUGGCAGGAUCCUAACUACAAAGAACAUUCUGUGAGCAGUAAGCCUCAGCAUGCCCCGGAGCCAUGCCGUCAUCCUCUCCAACAGCCAAGGAACCCAUUCAAGGUGCUGGACAAGAAUCAAGAGCCGGCGCUCUGGAAACAGUUCCUCGAAGGGGACGCUGAGGACAAGGCGGCGGAGAAGCCCAAGGAGAGGAGUGAGGAACUCUUAGGGCACAAGAAGGAGCAGAAGCCUGGGUCUAACUGCCAGGCGGGGACAGCUCUGUCUUCUGGCGUGCUGCUGAAGAAACCGCAGCCUGCAGCUGCGGGGCAGAAGCAAGCCGAGAGAAAGGAGUUGCCGCGUGUAGCCAAGGAGACUGAAAGCACACACCAAAGAAACUUGCCCGAAAUGAAACCCAAACAGCAUCAGAGGAGUGAGUUAAGCAGACCAUCUGCCUCUCAGGAAAGACCAAACUGUGAGAGUCAAGGUAGCCAGAAAGGGUCAGGAGCUCCGGGAGUGAAGGAGACCGAGCCUUUACCUCGGAACGUACCCCGACCGGACACAGCAGGGCAGCCCUGGAGAGGGGGCUCCCUCGGCAAGGAGCAGCCCGCAACGCCGGCGACGGCAGGGGCGAAGGGUGUGGGAAACACUGCAGUGCAGUCUCACCAGAAAGGGCUCUCCUUGGCACCUUCGCAGCCACCGUCCAAGUGUCCAGGGGCCACUUCCAAAGGGCGGGCAGCCCCGGGGCCGUCCCCAGGAGAGGGGCGUGCAGCUGCCACAAGCAGCGAGGAUAGUGAGGGUGAUGAUGAUCCUGUGAGCAGCUCUCAUCCAGGCCGCCCUCUGCUCCUCGGUUCGACCCUGAACUCUGAGAAGGAGCAGAGCCUUCCACUGCCUGCUCCAGGGGUGCACAGCAAGCCCCCUCCUGCCUCAGUCGUCCCCAAGAAGGUGGAACCCUCCGACCCUGCAGCCCAGCGCAGGCGCCUGACGACGCAACUGAAACAAAAGAAGAGCACACUGGCCUCGGUGAAUAUCCAGGUCCUUCCAGACAAGGGUCAGAAGCUGCUCAAGCAAAUCCAGGAGCUGGAGGAAGCACUCAGUGCUCUUGCCCUCUCUCCAGAACCAGAAACUGAGCAGAAGAGCAACACUCAAGUGCCACAAAAGAGCAACUUCACCAAAAGUACCACUGACCCUCCCCAUUUGGUGCCUCCUCAACCACUUCCGUGUCGUGAUCUCCAGCCCGUGGGUUCUCUAGGGCUAACCACUGCAGGCCAGGUGACUGCUGCUGGCCCUGGGCAGUCCUGCGGAGGCUAUAAGAAGCAAGAUUACCUUCACACAGUGUGGAAAAUCACCAGUGAAGCCAUUAAUGAGCUGCAUCGAUCCCUUGAGUCCCGACCUGGUGAGGAAGCUGAGGCAGAAGAUCCAGCUGGGCUGAAGGUCCCUUUGCUGCUGCACCAGAAGCAGGCACUGGCCUGGUUACUUUGGCGGGAAAGUCAGAAGCCACAAGGAGGAAUUCUGGCGGAUGAUAUGGGCCUGGGAAAAACCCUGACAAUGAUUGCACUCAUCCUGACCCAAAACAAUCAAGAGGCCAACAAAGAAAAGGACAAAAGCUUGGCUUUGACAUGGCUUUCCAAAGAUGACUCGGCUGACUUUAUCUCCCAUGGAACGCUGAUCAUCUGCCCUGCUUCUCUGAUCCAUCACUGGAAGAAUGAGGUGGAGAAACGUGUGAACAGCAGCAAACUCAGAGUCUGUCUCUACCACGGGCCGCUCCGGACCCAACACGCCAAAGUGCUGUCAACAUACGACAUCGUGAUCACUACCUAUAGCCUUGUGGCCAAGGAGAUCCCUACAAAGAAGCACGAGGGAGAAGUUCCAGGUGCAGAGCUGAGUAUAGAGGGCACCUCAACACCUUUGCUUCGAAUAGUCUGGGCUCGGAUCAUAUUAGAUGAGGCUCACAAUGUGAAGAAUCCCCGAGUGCAAACAUCUAUAGCUGUGUGUAAGCUACGAGCCCGUGCCCGUUGGGCCGUUACUGGAACCCCUAUUCAAAACAACUUGUUGGAUAUGUAUUCCCUGCUGAAAUUUCUUCGUUGUUCUCCAUUUGAUGAUUUCAGUCUGUGGAGAAGUCAGGUUGACAAUGGUUCAAAGAAAGGAGGAGAGCGGUUAAGUAUUUUAACCCAGAGCCUUUUGCUAAGGAGAACAAAAGACCAACUGGAUUCCACAGGCAAACCUCUGGUGAUGCUGCCGCAGCGUAAAUUUCAGUUGCACCAGUUAGAGCUUUCUGAAGAUGAAGAGACUGUAUACAGUGUCCUAUAUGCAAGGUCAAGGUCAGCUCUACAGUCCUACUGCAGAAGGCAAGAGAGUGGAAGCAACCAAUCAGGAGGAAGUCCUGCUAAUCCCUUCAGCAGAGUGGCCCAGGAGUUCGGGUCCAGUGGGCCAGGGUCCUCCGUGGCUGCAGACUCACCAAGGUCCAGCACCGCGCACAUAUUGUCCCAGUUGCUGAGACUCCGCCAGUGUUGCUGUCAUCUUUCUUUACUGAAGUCGGCCCUGGAUCCCACAGAACUAGAGAGCGAAGGCCUCGUCCUCUCCCUGGAAGAGCAGCUCAACGCUCUGACCUUGUCCGAACUCCAUGGCCCAGACCGAUCACCUACUGUUUCCCUUAAUGGCACCUGCUUCAAAGUGGAGCUUUUUGAAGACAAACGAGAGAGUACCAAGAUAACAUCUCUGUUGGCAGAACUGGAGGCAAUCCGAAGCAAUUCAAAGUCCCAAAAGAGUGUUAUUGUCUCUCAGUGGACCAGCAUGCUCAGAGUUGUAGCAUUUCACCUCAAGAGGCAUGGACUGACUUAUGCCACCAUCGAUGGUUCCAUCAACCCCAAACAGAGAAUGGAUUUGGUGGAAGCAUUUAACCGCUCCAGCAGCCCUCAGGUUAUGCUAAUCUCCCUCUUGGCUGGAGGUGUUGGUCUAAAUCUGACUGGAGCAAACCAUCUUUUUCUUCUGGACAUGCACUGGAACCCGUCACUUGAAGAUCAAGCAUGUGACCGAAUUUACCGAGUCGGGCAGCAGAAAGAUGUUGUCAUCCACAGAUUUGUGUGUAAGGGGACAGUGGAAGAGAAGAUUUUGCAGCUCCAAGAGAAGAAGAAAGAUUUGGCCAAGCAGGUUCUAUUAGGUUCUGGAGAAUCUGUCACCAAGCUCACCCUGGCUGACCUCAAAGUCCUUUUUGGCAUAUAACCAUGCUUCCUGAGCAUGUAACACUGCCGUCGCUGGCUUGCAUUAGGACCUGGGAAUGACCACUUAACCAUGGUCCUUGGGUUUUGCUCUUGGCAUUCUGUUUCACCUUCAAGCCUUACCCCCUCCUCAACAUGAAGCAUAAUCUAGAGCUGAGAGUACAUGUUGGCUAGCCAAUCAACAUAUUUAAUGUGUGGCACAACAACCAGUUUCUUAUUAACAUAAAGGGAGAUAUUUUGGAGAACAACUCUGGCAGAACUGUAAAUAAGCCCCAUGAACACCGCAGGUUGGCUUUUUCUUCUCACCUUUUGGGAGAGCUGGUGUUGUUACCAUCUCACCCCAUCUCUUGUCUCAGCUUGCCCAGCACACUGCCCCCAUCGUCAUCUUUUGGUGACGGGCAGAGUAGAUCACUAUGGCCAGCCAGCCAUUUCAAUGCAGCUGUCUCAAUCCAGGAAGUUAGUUGCUCCUCCUGGGCUGAAGAUCAAGGGAAUUCUUUGUAUGAAGGCACUUCAAAAAUUUGUGGAAAAUGGAACUAGAAUAUGUUUAUUUUGGUGCAAAGAUGUUUGAAAUCUGUGCAUAUUUUUUCAUAAUGGACAUUUCCUCUGAGUUUUCUGAAGUCCCUUCAUGUACAAACUGCGUUGAAUAUCAUUGUAUCAUCUACUGUCAGGGUUAUCAUUUAGUAGUGUAUCAUCUUGAUAUUAGUGUGUGUCACUAGUAGUAUUGGUUACCAUCAUGUCACUUAACAUCAUUGCACUAUUUAGUAUUUUUAUCAUGUAACAUGUGGCAUAAUUUAAUAUUUUUAUAAUCUAACAGUAUUUUUGUUACAAGUUUACAGUGUUUUUAGAAUUCAGUAUCAUUUCCUUUUGUGUCAUUUGGUGGUGACAUCAUUGUGUCUUUAGUAUUUGUAUUAUCAUUGACAUGAUUUAAUAAACAUCUCUGACCAUGUAAA